AUGUACGAGUACAAAUGCGUUGGCUCUUACUACGACAUUAGUCCAAAUUAUUUCCUCGAUGUACAGAACGAUUUAAAGUUUCGAAAAGAGUGGGAUAGUAACGUGAUGCGUUUGGAGCUCUUGAAGGAGGAAGAUGAGCAUGAGGUUAGCAAUUCUCUUAUGCUAUUGCAGUAG